ACGUCAACAAACCCUCCCAUUAGGAAAUUGUUGAUCUCAAGCGCGUUUAUUAUUCUACGUGUGCUGUUGAGCCUUUACAGAACGAACGUGUCCACUCUAUCACACCUCAGCUGAAAUCGAGAGUUGUCUUUGAUUCUUUUGCUGCUACUGAGAAUGUGCUGUGGCAACCGUCAUAAAGCGGGGUUACUAUGCAGCAUACUCAGAGCAAAAGAUUUCGCCAUCGAGAUAGCGCAUGCGCACAAAGGCGUGGUUCUGUGUACAUCCACUGGUCCAUGCAUUGUCUAUUAUCCUGGAUAACCGCUGCAAAACAAUCGUGGGUUUCGUCACUACUAGUUAGAAAUAUUAGCCCACUGUUAGCUGUGACCUUUUGUCCAAAACUCGCUGUUCCAUUCCGUUGUACAAACCACAAACAUAACGUGCCACUUCAGUCCCCUUUGUUCGACACCUUAUAUAAGGCUGUAGAGACUUGUCGUCACCUAUCCAUAACGAACAUGCCUUCUUCUCUUUCCAAGUUGUUCAAAGCCGCAACGAUGAAUAUCUUCUCUCCUCGUCGUGACCGUCACUCUAACGACUUGAAGACCACAACAGCCCAAGAAACUGGGACUUCCGCGAGUCAACUCGUCAAGCAACAACCCGAGCCAUUCAAACUUGUCCGUCCACCAAAGCAGUCGCACAUCAAUCCGAUCAUAGGUCGUCCUUAUAUCCAGCACUACGGAUAUGCAAUCCCCAAUGAGUGGCUAAUCCGUUUCGCGGAGAAAGAAUGUCCAGAAGUGUUGCUCGAACGUGGUCACAAAUCCUACGAGUUCCACGCCAUGAUGCGAGGACGCGAGCUCAUUUCGACUCGGUCGGGCUUCUGGUCGUUCGAUUUCAAAUGUUGUUUCAAUCCCAAGGAUGACUCGGUUCUUCCUCUGUGGUUCGAAGCGGAUAUGGCCAAAUACUUCAAAUCCGGCAGCGAGGAACUUAGGGCCGUUAAAAUUGACAUCGUUCCGGUGUUCACUGUGUGCUCUGAACUAGACGAGUCCUUUCAAGAGCGUCCUACGCAGGAACAAAUGGAUAUCAUGACAGAGUCGAUCGGGUAUCCACCACAAUGGUGGGUGGGUUGUGAUUAUGAUUAUUGA